AUGGAUAGUCAAGUGAAGUAUGUUAAGGUUGAGAAAAUUGUGGGCCGCACUGGUUCAAGGGGACAGGUGACUCAAGUUAGAGUGAGUUUUAUGGAUGACCCGACCCGUCGCAUUAUGAGGAAUGUGAAAGGACCUGUUAGAGUGAAUGAUGUUCUCACUCUAUUGGAGUCUAAAAGAGAAGCCAGGAGGUUGCGUUAGAGGCAUAUACUCAAUAUUCUGGU